AUGGACGAACCUAAAAAAAGUAAAUCGGAUUUGAAUAUUGAAGAAUUAAAAAAUAAAGGAAAUGAUUGUGUUAAGAAUGGUAAAUUCAUUGAAGCUGUUUUACAUUAUACACAGGCCAUAAAAAUGGAUCCGACUAAUUACUUAUUGUACAGCAAUAGAUCUUUUGCAUUUUUAAAGAUGGAUCAGCAUUAUUUAUCUCUUCAAGAUGCUAAUGAAACUGUUAGAUUGCAGCCACAUUGGGCCAAGGGAUACUUUCGGAGGGCUGAAGUAGAAGCUGCAAGUGGCUUAUAUGAUGAAGCAAUAAUAUCAUACUCAAGAGCACUUCAACUGGACCCUCACAAUUCCAAAUUAAUUGAGUCUAUAAAGAGUAUAACUGAUAUGCAGAAAAAGAAACUAAAAAGUAACCAGAAUAUUAUAUGGGUAUGCACAUGCCUAGGUUUAAUAACUGGAAUAGCAGUUGUUAUACUUGAUUACAGUUUUACAGCAAGCCCUACAUUGACACAUCCACUUAGUAUGGUUGCAUUUUCAAUAGCACUGUCUGGAAUUGGUUGGGCAGUAGGUAAAGCGGCAACAUUGAUGGACAACAUGAGUGCUGGCAAGUCUUUACAUCCACCAGAUGACUUAGGUGUCAAUUCCAAAGAGCAAGAAGAAACAAUACCCGAGAAGAAACCUAAAUAUAGUAAGGCACAGGCACGCCAAAGGUACAAGCAAGGAAAACUUUAG